GGUAAAGGUCGAGUAACUAAAGACUGGCCGGGAAACCCUUUCUUAUGCGGCGCCACAUGGGGUACUGUCGCGUUUGCUUUGCGACAAUGCUUAAAAAUCGACGAUGUGCCAUACAUAGAAGAUAUACCAUAGGUCAAGAAGGAAGGAUUGACUCCCAAAUCUUUUCCCCUGGAAUAAUCGAGGAACGAAAACUGGAAUGCACCUCGUUCUCCAUACCCUUUGCAAUCGACUGGCUCGGCAAACACCCCUUCACGCUCGCAGCCUUUUGGCCCCUCUCGGACAAGUCCACCGAUACCGAAGACUUCCAUACUUCUCGUUCUCAUACAGCGGCAGCAUUCCAAUUUGCGACAUGGCCUCCACUCAAUGAACUUACCAUAGAGGUUCUGUCUCAAGUCCAGAUCCGUGUCGCCAAUCCUGACGGAGUUACUAUAUGGGACUGUAUGAUUGGGAUAUAUCACAAGUUUGUGGGGGUACCGCUCGCCAUUACCGAUCUCAUCGACAUAUACGCCAACUGGACCUUCGUACCUCGACUCAAAUGCUUGCACCGGAUGGACGAAUACGUCGAGGUCGGUGAUGUUAUUAAAGUCCUUCGCGAAAUGGUCAAAACCCAUCCCUCGUCCGUCGACGAAGUCAACCGAGUCAUCAACCUUGUGCCCGAGUCAUUGCACUCGAACCCGAUUCUGCAAGCCUUCAGCAUCCCGGACGAAUCAGACAAACUAGUGGGCCAAUUUCCCACUGUCGGAGACCUGACUUCCUGGAUACGCAAAUACCUUCCAUCGCUCGUCAAAAAUCAGCAUUUCCCAGAGUUCGAAGCGCUGACAACGUGGGGAGAUAUGCUACAGGACGUCAAGAUCUUCGGGAUGAAUCCAAUUAACCCAGGAUCGGCUCGAUUCGAGCUCGAAAUAGAGGGAGGCGGUUUUAACACACAGCCCUGAUACCUUUAACGUGCGAUAUUGCUUGUAAAAGUAAUCGAGACAGAAUUUACACAAGUCCUUCGCCAACUCAUCGAAGAAUGUUCAC